AUCUAAAUUCCAAAGUAAUAAAUAAAUCUAGUUACAAAUGCACUAUAUUCGUGAAUCCAUUGAAGAGACGAAUAAUUAACACUACAGUAAAUAGUAAUCAUCGUAAAUUAGCACUCUUCAAGCGAGACGCUAAGUUAACUGAUAACAAAAAAGUGAUAAGAAAUACAUUGUAUAAAUUUAUUUGAAUUUGGCGCUGAUUAGGUGACGUAACAAAUGAUAAAUUAUUAAUGUUAAAGGAAGACAUUUGGAGUACAUGCUUUUCAACAAGUGCUAAAGUUUGCCGGACAGAAUGAGUUGUGUGUUAAAUCUUGUGAUUUUUGCGAUACUGUGGCAAAAGGUGUUGUUGCAUUUCGUCGACCAAUACGCAUCGAAGGCUGCAACGGCAAAACCUAUAGAUCAAAUCGUAGAAAUGGGUCAAGGUAUUGAAGAAAUUCCACUGGGACAAACUCAAACAAGAAAUUUAAACCUCGCCUACAAUCACAUAUCUACACUUCCCGAGUUUAUAUUCUACAACAAGAGUUACAAAGCAUUGACAAAAAUCGAAUUAUAUCAGAAUAAAAUCAACAACAUCCAUGUGACAGCAUUUCGGGGACUUAAACAAUUAACCAUGGUGGCACUCUCAGACAACAAUAUUACAUCAUUGGAUCCUUAUACAUUCAGACACAAUUCUAAACUUGAGAAACUUGAUCUUUCCAGGAACAGGAUCACUUUCAAUCGUGUAGGCGUAUUUUUAAUAUCACGUACUUUGGAGACAUUAACGAUGUCUCACAACAGAAUCGAGCAAAUCUACGAAGUAACUUUUAUGGGCGUUCCCAAACUCCGGAAUCUGAUUCUAGACGGCAAUAUCUUGUACAUGUUAGCCCAGAACAGCUUCAAGUCUCUGAAUGAAUUGCAGUAUUUGUCUUUGGCAAACACAGGUGUUUAUCGUUUAAGUGAGUCAAUGUUUGGUAAUAAUCUGCCAGGAAUUAUUGAUUUACAAGAGAGUCCUCUCGCCAAGCGAUUUGAUCCGCCACUGAAGAAAAUUACAAAUAAUGAAGUCAGGAGUUUGAUUAAGAUUGAUCAGUACAUUUUCAUUAGUGACACGCCGGUUUAAAGCUGCGCACUUUUUGUGAUUUUGGGACUUUCAAAUAUUGUGUUAAUAUUACUCCAACGAGCGUUGUUAGACGCAGAAAAUAUUUACUUGAUACAAGUAAUAUUCAUGUCACCUGAAAAGUCAAGACAUACAAUUAUUAAGUGUGAACGGUUGUCGUUUUCACUUGUAAUAAACAAAUUUUUAUUUAUUUUGUAUCCUUUUUUAUUAUAAUUGGAUGUCUUGAUUGAAAAAACUGCAACUUCGAGUAAAAUAGUUGUACUUUCGUAAUUUUGCAUGCAAGCAGUUCGUAUGUCACAUCCUUUUAAAUACCUAAGGUGAAUUUUAAGUCAACUUUGCAUAUUAUUAUCUUUUAACUCCUUCCUGUAUAGUUAAUGGUCGAUGUGUAGAAAAUAUGCAAAGUACGUAACUAUAUUGAAUUACUAAUAGCAAGCUUUCUAAGCGCUUUAUCGCUUGCGUACUGUACUUUCACUUAAAAUUUCAUACUAUUUUUCAAAAUUAUUCUUUAUUAAAAACGUAUUAAAUUAUACACAAAAUUAUGUUCACGUUUUGUAAACAAAUUUGUUUGGAUUGGGUGUUUCGUGAUUAAAAUGCACAGAAGUACAGUAUUUGAAUCAUUUUACCUCUGAAAUUAACUAAUUUAUGUUCUUUUUUUUUAUUGUUUUUUUUUUUUGUUAUUUUCAUUGGUCAGUUUCUGAGGUAUAAAUUUUCAUCGGGAUUCCGGUAUAAUUUAAUUCAUAAUCAUGGGUAUUAUUCUAUAUUAUAUGUAUACAUCUUAAGAUUAGAUAAGUAGAUUUUACGUAAAAUUACUACCUAAGCUAAGUACAAAACUUGAUACGAGUUCGUGUGUACCUGAAUAGUGUGUAUAAGCUUACUUUUAUAAUAAAUAUCGAAAGGUGUGAUGUAUUUGUUCUCUGAUAACCAAAAUGACGAGUUUGUCUGAGUAACAGGUAUAAAUUCGAACUAUCUUCUCAUCU